UUGAUACUUUACGAUUAUCUCCUCACUCUCUCGCGUGAAGUCGAGCUGGUCUGGCACUCGCAAAGGUCGCCUGCUAAAUACACAUUCUUCUACAAUCGGUAUUGUGUGCUAUUGUGGGCAUUUUACGUAGUCAUCAGCUUACUACGGUCAUCUCAAACAGUACUCUCUUCGUGUUUUGACAUAUCUUUCUUUGCCACAUGGGCUGGUACGUGCAACCAUCGCAUGACGCCAAGGCGAUAUGUAACUGAUGGGCAUUCAUCAGUAUUCUCCGCACUUCGAGUCUGGGCUAUCAGCGGGCGCGACUGGCGUCCAACAAGCCUCACUCUUGCUUUAGGAUUGGUACCCGUUGCCACAAAUAUGGUGCAUCUCAAUUCACUACAAGUGUCGUAUGCGGCUCAUUUUGCAUAUGCAAGCUCAACUACAUCCGGUCCAAGGCAGCAUAUGGCGUAG